AUGGAGUCGUGCUUGGCAAAAGCCCAGUUUAGCAAGUGUAAAUGUUCUGACGCAAAGUACGCUGGCUACGUUGAUAAGAUAUGCUAUCAGGAUGCCGAACGUAAGUGUCUUUUAGUUAUUCCUAACAAAAGUAGCCUGCGUAACGACGCCCUUUCUUCUCCCGCCCGCACUAAACGCCUGCUAUGCAGGCUAUAACAAAAACAACGUUGAGAGUUUAUAGUGUACAGUCUGGACUAUCAUGCGAGAAAAUAAUGUGAACUUUCUUUCAUUAUAUGUUGUGGCCUUGUACGCCUAGAAUUGAGAAAUGAAUUUCUCGUACAAGUCUUAACAUUUCUAAAUUUGAUCACCGUCUGCCGAGUCUUGACCCUGUACUUAACUCAUUGAGUGCCAGCACUCUCCCCUUGAAGAGUGAAAUGAAAUCGUCUGCGUUAGACAUAUAGUAAAAUAAUAGAGCAUGGGCUGAUUUACACUACACAACUUUUGCCUAAAACUGUCGCCUUACAACUUGAGUUGUACUGCGCAAAUCAAACACACAACUUACCUUCGCCGACAAAGUAGGGGAGCUGUGCAUUUGAUUUACACAGUACAACUCAAGUUAAACCAACCUUACAUUUUAUAUUUUUAUAGUUACAUGUAUGAAUUCAGUCAGUAGUUCCUUCAAACGCAACAGACUGGGUUGCACUGAACAAUGCCCCCAACCCUGCGAGUAAGUUCAAAAGUAAAUAAGUUCAUUAAUUUUAAUAUACUGCAGCCUGUGGUUUGUAUUUGACAGUGGCGGCGCCAGGGGGGGGGGCAAGCGGGGGGGGGGCCAAAUUAUUUUUGCCCCCCCAAUUUUGCCCCCCCCCCUCAAAAAAAUUAUUAGUCACUAAGAGCGACUAAAGGCUACACAAGCGUUCUGUCGUUAUCGGAAAAUGUAUGGCUUAUAAGUUGUCAUUACUCAUUAGUGAAUGCGCGUAUACAUGAAACUGUUUUUUACAGUGUCAAUAUUAGUUUGUAAAUCUCUGAAUGGUAAAACUUGCCAAUACUCCAAUAAUACGUUUCAAAAAAAGACAAAAAUGCUUUAGUUUUGCAGAGUUAAAUUCUCAAACGUGUAAGGCAAUAAUAAGAUAAAGUAUCACGAAAUUAUUUGAAUAAACCACAUCGCAUAUAUGGGGGGCGAAUGUCCUAAAAAGGGGCGAUAUUCCUAGGGUAUUCGCCCCACCCCCUGGGAGACGAUAUUCCUAGGAUAUUUGCCCCCCGGGGGCAAUAUUCCUAAGAAUAUCGCCACGUUUUGAGGGGGGGGGGCGAAUUUCCUGGUGGGGCGACCUUUUUAAAAAUUCUAUCUUGCCCCCCCAAAAUUUGAGUUUGCCCCUCAAAUGCCCCCCCAAAUUUGGAAGCCUGGCGCCGCCACUGGUAUUUGACCUUCAUUAAAUAUAUUAAUUAUCUUUUGUAGACAUCAUUCUUAUCGUUACACCAUUAUGACGUCUACUUUGACAACGAAGGCAAAGGUACUGACCAUUUUUACAGACAACUGGCUUAUAGACAAAUUAUAUAAUUCAAGAUUAUUUAAUUCACGAUUAACCUGACUCGACUAGCCUUAAUUUAACUAGGUUAUUCCAGGAAGCCUGUACUUGUCAACUUGUAAUUUUAGUGGGUUCCCCCCCCCCUUAUAUUCUAUUGUAAUCUAUAAAAGUAAGUAAAUAAAAAAAAUGCUGUUCGUUGUUUAAUUUGUGUGCACAUAUUUACACCUAUAUCCAUUGACAUUCCCUCGCAGGAGACGAAGGAAAGUAAAAAUUUCGGUGACAAAAAAAAGGAUCCAAAUUUCAAGUUUGAGUGAGUAUAUAUUGUGGGAGAGCAAGAUGAGUUGAAAUCAAAAAUCUUACUUUAUCAGCCGUUAAUGUAAUUUAUCUUCUUUAUUCCAGUGAUAACUUUUUACGUGUAAAAAUAUUUUACGAUGAGUUAAAUCUUGAGAAAAUCGUCCAAUCCACGUAUUAUGAUGUAAGUUUUUAUUUUAUAAUUUUAAAUAUUCUGUACAGAGGCGUAGCCACGAAGAGAAUGUCGGGGCCGGGUGCCCCCCUCCCUCACCACUUUUCUUAAGGAUCCAUUUUUUAAUUCUUUUAAAACUGAGGAGAAAUAGGCGGGAAGGAUAACCUUGUAAUGCUAUAUAUCAAAUCGGUGGCUUUUAGAUUACCAUGAAACGUGUCUAAAAUGAAUGCAUGAAAUAGCGUUUUACGGCCGACACUAUAAAAAUAGAAAAAUUUUCCUGGGGACCUGAAAGAGCUAAAAAGCUCGCAUAAGUAGAGUUAGGCCAAGGUCAUGGGGCCUAGAUCAUGGGUCCUAGAUCAUGGGGCCUCUUGCUGGGCACAACCCUUUGGAGUUACGCUACUGGUAUCAACAUUUCUCAAGUAAUUGACUGGCAUCUGCUGCCCUGUAACUCGUAUUGAAAUGCAGCAAGUUGUCAACGGCUUGUAGUUGUUUCUGUUUAGUUCAAACGUUGCCAUUACGUAAAUGUUUCUAGCUUCAAACGCUUCUUGGCGAUAUUGGAGGACAAAUGGGUCUUUGGAUCGGAAUUUCUGUCAUAGCAGUGGCCGAGUUUGGUGAUUUGCUGAUCUCGCUUUGCAUUGUGGCGACACGAAAAUCACGAGAUAGAAAAAAGACAAAAAGUUCUGAAAUGGAGAUGCAUUAG